AUGGUGGAUAGGAGGGAGCAAUAUUUAUGGGACAUUUUUCAAAGGGUGGACACUGACAGAUCAGGGUCUAUCUCUGUACAUGAAUUACAGACAGCAUUAGUAAACGGCGAUUGGAGUCCUUUCAACAUUGAAACAGUGCGCAUGAUGGUCAGCAUUUUUGAUACAGACAAUAAUGGAACUAUUGAUUUUCGAGAAUUCAGAGGUUUAUGGAAAUAUGUAGAGGACUGGAGUCAUUGCUUCAAGAAAUUCGAUCAAGAUAACUCUGGAAGCAUUGAUUGUUACGAGAUGAGCCAUGCGCUUCGAACAUUUGGAUAUAAUGUUAGUGAUAGGUUUAUUCAGAUACUGAUUCAAACAUUUGACAAAUAUGGAAAUGGAGAUAUCACAUUCGACUGUUUCGUCCAAGCAUGCGUUACUUUAUCCACAUUGACAAAAUCGUUCAGAGCAAGAGAUUAUGAAGGCAGAGGAUCCAUUCAAAUCAAUUAUGAAGAUUUCUUGACCUUGGUCAUUAGUAGUCGACCUGAUAUGAAGGGAAGUUAA